GUAGCAAUGGUCAUACCAAAAGAAAUUCUUACGGAUUAUAAGGAAAUUUAUGAGAAAGCAGUGAAACUCGUAAAUGAAGAAAGUAAAAAUGAUCCAGCAGAUGAUCCCUAUAAAUCGCACUACACGGCUAGGAAUCUGCUAUUGGAAAUGAAAGAAAUGCUUAAAAAUUCGCUAGUGUCUGUUUUAGCUGAAGAAGCAGAUGAUGGUAAAGAUGAUUUAGUUUAUCAGGUCAUUCAAGCGUUUGUUUGUCGGGACCUUGGUAGGAUUUAUUUGUUUACUGAAGAGACAAGCUUAGGGGAAAAUUCGCUUAGAGAAUGCAUUGAUCUGAUAAAAGGGAAGAAGACCCGACCAGAAUCCAUAAUAGCUUAUAUGGGAGCUGUCAACGAGCUGGGAAUUGCUUAUGCAAAUAGAAUGGAAUAUAAGCAAUCCUUGGAAUUACUAAGCGAAGUUGAGACUUGUUAUAGAGAGUUUAACAAGAGUGAAAACAAACCGAUGAGCAUAACAGACAUUUUUGGAACUCCAGAAGAGAUUGAAGUCGAUAAAGGUACUAACGAAUUUGAAAGUCUAUACACUUUAUGCUGCUUUUAUUUAGCUCAAGUUUAUGGCCAUCUUGGAGAAUUGGAAAAAUCUGCUCAAUAUUGUCAUAUGACAUUGAAAAGACAAUAUAGUGCGCAAAAUUAUGAGCCUAUCGAUUUUGCUUUGAAUUCUGCCACUUUAUCGCAAUAUUUUAUCGGUCAAAACAUGUUCAAAGAAGCUCGACAUCAUUUGGCUGCCGCCACUUUGAUAAUAGCUGAAUAUGAAAGCAAAAUUUCGCAUACAGAUAAUUCAAUAUCCGAACAGGAGUUUCAGGAUUUGCAAGAAACAUUCAAACAUCGUUAUGCGGAUGUGGCCCGAUGUUGGUCCAAAUACGGUCUCUCUUUAUUAGCGUCAUCUAAAGAACGUCUCUUCAAUGAUGAUGAUGAAAAAUUAGUAACUGAUGCCAAAAAUUUGCAAAUUGAUUCUAAUAGAUACUGCUUCCCUCCAGAUAUGCCUUUAGAAAAUUACGAAAGUCGUAUAAGCUGUGAUUAUUGCUUAACCUUCGAUGAUGCUAAGGAGGUCUACCAUUUUGUCAUCAAAUGGUUAGACCAAGCCAAAGAGUAUUACAAACCCGAUACCGAAGCUAGUGAAUAUGCUAAAAUUAUUAAAGAUUUCGCAGAUCUUUAUGAGCAAAUGGCAUUUUUCGAGGAAGAUCCCUCCAAUCAGUCUAAAAUGCAAAAGCGUCGUGCAAAAUACUAUGAGGAAUUGUUGGAAUUACUUAAUCCUUCGUUUUAUCUCAAUAUUUGUCGCGAGUGUUGGUAUGGCGCUGGUUUAUCUUACUGUGCUAUUUUGGACAUUAAGUUGGAUUGCUUUAAGUCGACUGCUUCACCAAAUCCUCAGGAAUUGCACAAAAUUAAUCAAGUAUGCCAAAAUGCAAUUAAACACUUUAAAAGCUUUAUCCAAUCCUACACUGAAAAAGAUGGUUCGAUUAAGGCUAAUAUUGACGUUGACGAGCAGAAAACUUGGCUUUAUUCUCAUUUUCAUUUAGGCCGUUUGCAUUAUAAAAUGAUAACGCCAGAUCAAAAGCUACAGCUAGAAAAUCUGUCAAAUAGUUUAAAGUAUUAUAAGGCAUUUACCGAAGAGUGCGUAAAAUUAGCAGAAGCGUCAAAAUCUUUGCAAGCAGAGAUCGGCGUUUGCCGCGAAAUGGUCAAUCUCUUACCAAUAAAAAUGUCUAAAGUGCGAAAACGUUUAGAAAAAUAAGUGGAAUGGCAUAUAUUUCAUGUUAGCGUUAUUUUAAUUACACUAAUUAAUUAAAUAUACAAAACAUGCUUUUUCGCUGCGGUCCACUAAUAUAAAAAAAAGAAAAACGACCGCAAAUGCAGAAUACUUGGUCUGUUGUACUUUUAAUCCUGACACAAAGUUUAGAAUAGAGUACGUGAUGUAUCAAAAUAUUUGCAGAGGCGACGUUUCAUGUAGUUAGUUAGUGCAUCUUAAGCGGAAAGAUGAAUGUAUAUCAUACCUAGUACAUAAGAAAUUUAUCUGAACAAAUUAUUGACCAAACUACGUUCAUACAUUGUUUGU